GCAGCAGAAACAUCCUAAGCAAUGUCUACCAUCCGGAAGAAACUGGUGAUCGUGGGCGAUGGAGCUUGCGGAAAGACCUGCUUGCUCAUCGUCUUCAGCAAGGACCAGUUUCCCGAGGUUUACGUGCCUACGGUGUUUGAGAACUACGUGGCAGACAUCGAAGUGGAUGGAAAGCAGGUGGAGCUGGCCCUGUGGGACACAGCUGGACAAGAAGAUUAUGAUCGCCUGAGGCCGCUCUCCUAUCCGGACACUGAUGUCCUCCUGAUGUGUUUCUCCAUUGGCAACCCUGAUAGCUUCGGGAACAUUCCACAGAAAUGGACUCCAGAAGUCAAGCAUUUCUGUCCCAACGUGCCCAUCAUCCUGGUUGGGAGCAAGAAGGAUCUUCGGAAUGAUCGGCACACAAAACAAGAGUUAGCCAAGAGGAAGCAGGAGCCGGUAAGACUUGAACAAGGCCGAGAUUUGGCGAACGGCAUUGGUGCUUUCGGGUAUGUGGAGUGUUCCGCAAAGACCAAAGAUGGAGUGAGGAUGGUCUUUGAAAUGGCCACAAGGGCUGCUCUCCAAGCGAAUCGUGGGAAGAAAAAGACUGGAUGCUUCGUCUUGUGA